CGAGACAGGCGAGAGGAGAGCGCGCUUUCCACAUGUGGAACCCUGCACCUCCCUGUCUCAUCGCUUGCAUCCAUUCAUAUGCAUGUAGUGGUUAAAUAUUUGAUCAAAGGUGGAAUAGUUAUACUGAUCGGUUGUAUUUUUAAUAGGCACACCUUAAAAUAGAGGGUUCGUACAUUGCAAGUGUGAAGAGAUUCUGAGGAGAGUCCCUGUGCCUCUAACCCUUUCUACUCUUCCCUCCUCUGUCUCUACUCCCCCCCAAAAAGGGAAAGCUUGCAGCAGAUUGUAGAAGGAUUUGAGUCUGCAGCUCAGAGAAGGGGAUUAGGGCCAGAGCGGUGCAAGUUAAAUUGUGCUGCAAAUAAAAAAUGGGCGGAUUGGUCUCCAGAUCCAGAGGCUGGUACCACCUUCCUUUCUAAAAUAAAAUCUCUCUGGCAUGAAGUCACCGCCUAUUUCACAUCCGGUUUGCCCUGGGACGUAUUACUACUGUCUUGGUAAAGAAAAAUCUUUUGUUGUAUAGCUGCAGAUUGGAAUAUAGGGAAGCAAAUUCAGGAGUGAAAUCUUCAGCAAAGGAACACGCAGAGUCCAUGAUGGCUCAGCCCGCUCAGACCGAGUGAGUGAGCGGCGGAGCGAGGACGCCCCUCCGCUGCCGGCGCGCCCGGACUCGCGGACUCGCGGACUCGCGCCGGCUCCAAGCUCUCCACGAUUUUCUCUCGCAGACUUUUCCCGGGUCUGGAGCGAUCCUGUGCCCAGAGGGGGCCCAAGCUGCACAAGCCCGCAAUGAAGAAAAGUCCUGGUCUCUCUGACUACCUUUGGGCCUGGACCCUCUUUCUGAGCACAUUGACUGGAAGAAGCUAUGGACAACCCUCAUUACAAGAUGAACUUAAAGACAACACCACUGUCUUCACCAGGAUUUUGGACCGACUCCUAGAUGGUUAUGACAAUCGCCUGAGACCGGGAUUAGGAGAGCGUGUAACUGAAGUGAAGACUGACAUCUUCGUCACCAGUUUCGGACCCGUUUCAGACCAUGAUAUGGAAUAUACAAUAGAUGUAUUUUUCCGUCAAAGCUGGAAGGAUGAAAGGUUAAAAUUUAAAGGACCUAUGACAGUACUCCGAUUAAAUAACCUAAUGGCAAGUAAAAUCUGGACUCCGGAUACCUUUUUCCACAAUGGAAAGAAGUCAGUGGCACACAACAUGACCAUGCCGAACAAGCUCCUGCGCAUCACAGAGGAUGGCACUUUGCUGUACACCAUGAGACUGACGGUGAGAGCCGAGUGUCCAAUGCAUUUGGAGGAUUUCCCUAUGGAUGCCCAUGCCUGCCCUCUAAAAUUUGGAAGCUAUGCUUAUACAAGAGCAGAAGUUGUUUAUGAGUGGACCAGAGAGCCAGCACGCUCAGUGGUUGUAGCAGAAGAUGGGUCACGCCUAAACCAGUAUGAUCUUCUUGGACAAACAGUAGAUUCUGGAAUUGUUCAGUCUAGUACAGGAGAGUAUGUUGUUAUGACCACUCAUUUCCACCUGAAGAGAAAGAUUGGAUAUUUUGUUAUUCAAACAUACCUGCCAUGCAUAAUGACAGUUAUUCUCUCCCAAGUCUCAUUCUGGCUCAACAGAGAGUCUGUGCCAGCGAGGACGGUCUUUGGAGUCACAACUGUGCUCACCAUGACAACUUUGAGUAUCAGUGCCAGAAAUUCCCUCCCUAAGGUGGCUUAUGCAACUGCUAUGGAUUGGUUUAUUGCAGUGUGCUAUGCCUUUGUAUUCUCAGCUCUGAUCGAGUUUGCCACAGUAAACUAUUUCACCAAGAGAGGUUAUGCAUGGGAUGGGAAAAGUGUGGUUCCAGAAAAGCCAAAGAAAGUGAAGGACCCUCUUAUUAAGAAGAACAACACUUAUGCUCCAACAGCAACCAGCUACACCCCUAAUCUGGCCAGGGGUGACCCCGGCUUAGCCACCAUUGCUAAAAGUGCAACCAUAGAACCAAAAGAAGUCAAGCCGGAAACAAAACCACCAGAACCGAAGAAAACCUUUAACAGUGUCAGCAAAAUUGACCGACUGUCAAGAAUAGCCUUCCCGCUGUUAUUCGGAAUCUUUAACUUGGUCUAUUGGGCAACAUACUUGAACAGAGAGCCUCAGCUAAAAGCCCCCACCCCCCAUCAAUAGGUCCUGUUAUUCAUAUUCUGUUGCUCAGUCCUUUGCACUGGGAAUUGCUUUCUGUUCUCAACGUGGUAAUUCCCAUCUGCUUUAUUGCCUCUGUCUUAGAGAAUUCGAAGGUUUCCUUAUUUCCAUAAUUCAUAUAAGAACAACAGACCCCUGUCUGGCCAUCCAGAGCAGAACACAGCAUACAGCUGAGACAGGAUUCUGAGAGAGGGAGCCAGAGAGCAAAAUCAUGGCAGAAGGAGACAGAAGGGAAGAGAGAGAGAAGGAGGGGGAAGUAGAUCCAAAGAUAGGAGGAAAAGUAGAAGAAAAAUCCAGCUUAACUCCAGGUCAUUUGUAGAUAUAUAUUUCCAAAUAUUCUAGAAAAAAAAGAUACUGUAUAUGUCAAAAUAUUUUUAUGUGAAGGUGUUUAAAAGAAUAUAAUGUUUAAUGAAGAAACAUUUUAAAAAAUCUAUGUCUUUAUUGCACAGAUGAUGAUGUGUUUCUCACAUUUCUGUUUUGUAUUUUAAACCUAUGUAUAGCUUUAACAGUUUAUUUCCAAAGCUCAAGAUCCCCAUUCUUUCUCUUUUAAGAAAUACCUAGGGCAUUAUUUUGUUGUUAAAUGCUAUUUUAAAAUUUAUGGAAAUUGCAUAGGCAAAGGUGCAGUGUCUCACAGUAAGAGCACAUUUAAUCCAAUGGAGACAAAUGCUUUAAAUAGGCUGCUUUACUGUCAUCUGAGCUUUUACCAGUAGACUCAAUGAAGAAUCAUUCUAACAGAUAUAUACACUCAAUAAAACUAAAAAAGAAAUUAAUAAUAAAUUUAGAUAGAACAAUUUUAAAAGAUUUAUUUUCCACCCUCUCUAUAUCCAGAUAACACAUGCAUCCAGUAAUCAUUUGAUUUUCAUUCUGAAGAUGUUUUUAGAGGGGCAAAAAUAUUUUGCAAGCUCUAGAAUUGUUGAAUGUAUUAUUUUAUAUAACAGUACAUUAAAAGCUUUAGAUUGAAAUUUAUGACUAAUAAACAAAUAUAGAAUAUAUAAAUUAUAUAUGUAAAUAUGCAGCAUGAGAUUGUACAUUUUUUUACUUUUUUAAAAGUUGUGUUCUUAAAAUAUUGUGUAGGACUCACCGCUCUUAGCUGUUAGAAUGUUGUUAAAUGCUAUGGAAAUACUUUUAGAGCCUGCAUUUAAGACCAGAACAGUCUGAAGGAAUCAGAUGGAAUUUACAAUAUGUGGGUAUAAAAUCUACUUAUGUAGGGAAAGCUUGUAAUUCAAACUGUUGUCCCAUGUACAGUAGUGAAUCGGUUGUUAUACACUCUAGUCAUCCCACUUUUCCCUAUUUUAGGCUCUUAUAAUAUAGAAAGAAAAUGGAAAAGCACUAGUGGGAGCUAGAAAAUGAACUGUAUAUUACUGCUAUCUUUGCUGAUACCAACUAUUUCAAUAAGUGUUGUACCAUAUGUAGCAUUAAAUAUAAAAAUACAUGAAAGAAUGUACAGGACUAGCUUUUAUCGAGUAAUAUUACAUUUCAUUUAUACUGUAGCAAUAUAUUUGUAGGCAUACUACGUAAGGGCUUUAAUGACAAGAGGUCCCUUCAUACUCCCAAAAUUCUAGUCUCUUUCAUUACUUCCCAGAUAUUUUAGAGAUAAAUAUUUAUGAAGAAGGUAUUUUUGAAGUCUCCUUUUGUCUGACAGAGUUUCAGAGAUAUUUAAAAUUAGCAUCCAGAAUCCACAGGUCAUGGGCUAACCACAUUUAGAAUACUAUGACAUAAACCUGUCAUCAUAAUUACCAAAUAAGACAAUUGGGAUCCAUACCCAAGUUUUGAGCAAUGUUUGUCUCAAAAAGCUGCUAUCCAGUGAUGUAGGAAAAUACAGUUUGUGUUUUCCUAAACAAACUCUGGUAUUUUUAAAUGUGCUUUAUUGUUUGAUUUGGUCCUGCCUAAAUUCAAUAAGCUAGGCCAAUAAAGGCUGAACCAAGGAUAUUUCAUUCUUUGGUAUCAUGUGUAGAUAUCAUGUAUAGAAAAUAAAGUAAAAUAUGGCUCUAAUUUCUGUGUUGCUGUUAAUCUUGGUUUUUGUCUCUUUUCUUUUUUUUUUUGGCGUUAAUCUAAGUGUUUAUUAAGAGUAUUUUAUCUUCCAGACUCCUCAUGGCUAACAUUUGGUCUGUAUUUUGCUCAUUAGAUGUGUAUAUUUCUUAUUAGUCUGCUUUAUGCUAUGCAAUGACUGCAUUUCUAUCGUUUUUUAGUUCGUUAGUAUGUAUGGACAGUAUUCUAUUGUAUAAAUUGAUUGCACAACUUAUCAAAGACAAAUAAUUCUAUGUAGCUUUUCUACAGUGCUUUGCUAAACCAUGUAACACUAGUUAAGUCUUCCUUGAAAAUAAAGAUACACUCUUAUAGAGGACAGUUCCUGUUAACUCCCAGGAAAAACUUUUAAAAGAUGACACUGAAUGUUUAUGGCACCUUAGUGCAGUAAAGUGGCAAUAAAACCUAACAUGAAUCGAGGUUGUUUAUGGCAGAUGCAUGUAUUGCUCUACAGAGUUUAGCAAAAGCUCUUAAUUUUAUGUCAUACUGUAUUCUAUUAUAAUAAUAAAGUUAACAUUAUUCAAUAACAAAA